AUGCUUUUUCUCGCGGUUAACUCUCGUUUAUUUUCUAUUCUGUUUUCUUUUCCCGUUAUCUGCUUUCUUUCUUCCUUGUAUGUUACAUUCCCCUUUUUUUUAUUUUUAUUACUUUUUCUUUCUUUCUUUCUUUCUUUCUUUCUUUCUUAUCACCAUCUUUCUUUUCAGCCACUUUCUUUUUGUUUCCGUAUAAACUGUCCGCCAUUUUCUUUUCCUUCAUUUUUUUUAAACUUUUAUUUCUUAUCUAUAUUUAUUUAUUCUUAUUCUAAGUUUGCACCUUUUUUCUUAUAUUUGCUUCAUUCUUUGUCUAUCUACGUCUUGUUAUUUUGUGUAGAAGUAAUUUUGAAUCUUUCCAACGGUUAUCUACACUACUUCACUCCCUUCUUUUUAUACAUUUCUAUUUGUUCGAUUCUUAUUUUCUCAAUCAUUUUGCUUGUAUACUUUCUUUUCUUCGUUCUUAUUCCGCUUCUCACUUUCUCUCAUAAUUUAUUUGAAGUCAUCUUUCUCUUCUUUUUUCAAGUCCAUAUAACCACUUUAUCUUUCCACUCCAUUCUCUUUCCCUGCUCUUUCGUUUUCUUUCUAUAUCUUUUUUUUUGUCACGACAUAUUCCUCUCUGCCUACUCACUAUUUUUUCCAUGCACUUAUAAUUCUCUGCAGAUGUUGGGGCCCUGGAAUCAGCAAGUCAAUACAAAGAGGAAACAACUGAUAUCUAUCUAUCUAUCUAUCUAUCUAUCUAUCUAUCUAUCUCGAAGAUAUCUAUCUAUCUAUCUAUCUAUCUAUAUCAUCUGUUCUUAUCUAUCUAUCUAUCUAUCUAUCUAUCUAUCUCAGUCUGUUCUUAUCUAUUAUCUAUCUAUCUAUCUAAUCUGUUCUUACUAUUAUCUAUCUAUCUAUCUAUCUAUCUAUCUAUACACCCAAUCUUUAUCUAUUUAUCUAUCUAAAUCGCAUCACCCCAUUCUUUCUUUCUGUAAUCUAUCUAUCUAUCUAUCUAUCUAUCUAAUCUAUCUAAACCCCAUUUUCUCUCUAUCUAUCUAUCUAUCUAUCUAUCUAUCUAUCUAUCUAUCUAUCUAUCUAUCUAUCUCAUCUGUUCUUAUCUAUCUAUCUAUCUAUCUAUCUAUCUAUCUAUCUAUCUAUCUAUCUAUCUAUACACCCAAUCUUUAUCUAUUUAUCUAUCUAAAUCUCAUCAUUGUAUUCUUUCUUUCUAUCUAUCUAUCUAUCUAUCUAUCUAUCUAUCUAUCUAUCUAUCUAUCUAAAUCUCAUCACCCCAUUUUAUCUAUCUAUCUAUCUAUCUAUCUAUCUAUCUAUCUAUCUAAAUCUCAUCACCCCAUUUUCUCUAUCUAUCUAUCUAUCUAUCUAUCAUAUCUAUCCAUCUAUCUAUCUAUCUAUCUAUCUAUCUCAGUCUGUUCUUAUCUAUCUAUCUAUCUAUCUAUCUAUCUAUCUAUCUAUCUAUCUAUCUACACCCAAUCUAAAUUUAUCUAUCUAAAUCUCAUCAUUCAUUCUUUCUUUCUUCUGUUCUUAUCUAUCUAUCUAUCUAUCUAUCUAUCUAUCUAUCUAUCUAUCUAUCUAUACACCCAAUCUUUAUCUAUUUAUCUAUCUAAAUCUCAUCACCCCAUUCUUUCUUUCUGUAUCUAUCUAUCUAUCUAUCUAUCUAUCUAUCUAUCUAUCUAUCUAUCUAUCUAUCUAAAUCAUCACCCAUUUUUUCUAUCUACCUAUCUAUUAUAUCUAUCUAUUAUCUAUCUAUCUAUCUAUCUCAUCUAUCUCAGUCUGUUCUUAUCUAUCUAUCUAUCUAUCUAUCUAUCUAUCUAUCUAUACACCCAAUCUUUAUCUAUUUAUCUAUCUAAAUCUCAUCACCCCAUUCUUUCUUUCUGUAUCUAUCUAUCUAUCUAA